CGUAGACAAUGGCCAGAACCAAGCAGACCGCUCGUAAGUCCACCGGAGGUAAAGCCCCGAGGAAGCAGUUGGCUACUAAAGCCGCUCGUAAGAGCGCACCCGCCACCGGUGGCGUUAAGAAGCCUCAUCGUUACAGGCCCGGUACCGUGGCUCUGAGAGAGAUCCGUCGUUAUCAGAAGUCCACCGAGCUGCUGAUCCGCAAGCUGCCUUUCCAGCGUCUGGUGAGAGAAAUCGCUCAGGACUUCAAGACCGAUCUGCGCUUCCAGAGCUCCGCUGUCAUGGCUCUGCAGGAGGCCAGCGAGGCUUAUCUGGUCGGUCUCUUCGAGGACACCAACCUGUGCGCCAUCCACGCCAAGAGAGUCACCAUCAUGCCCAAAGACAUCCAGCUGGCCCGCCGCAUCCGGGGAGAGCGCGCUUAAAUCCACAGCUGCUUCAGCCACAAACCCCAAAGGCU